CGGGCAAGUCCACACAUAAGGCGCGCAGCCUCUGCAACCCGCUCACUAAAAGUGGAAACGUUUCAAGAUCUCGUCACGGAACAUAAAGCAAGCCUGUUACAGUGUAACGUAACGGACCGGAAACGUUGGCAGUGAACUCAUCAUUGUUAUCAGUGACUCCUAUAAACAGACUGCAAAGUUCAACUGACCACUCCCAAUCUUUCGCUGCAACAUGCGAUUGCAGCCGUGUGGUUUGAACAACGGCAGUUCUGAGUGAGGCAACCAAGCUGGAAUCUACCGGGGCUUCACAUGGGAGUCCUAGCUACCACAGAGCAGCCACCGGAAAUACCGAUGGCCACAGCGGCAGAAGAAUUUUUCCGCAGAAGCUGAUGCUAAACUUCAGUACAACGGAAUUCCCGGAGCACGCUGAGACUGGACCCCGUUCCCGGUCACCUGUAGUGGCUCCCACACUUCCAACUCCGCCUUCUGUUUCACCGCCCCCGUUGGGGGCGGGGGGAUCAUCUCCCAUUAUCGUUCGAGCUGAAGAAGCCCUAAUAGUUCUGCUGGUACUGGUUCUGUGGAUAGCCGCCAUCGCACUGUUUUUUAACCGAUGGGGGAAAAUCCGUAUGUUGGAACCGUAUCAGCCCAAGUUCCAGCAACAGCACAGAUCCAGCUGCCCCAUGGUUGAUAUGAACGGCCCCAUCGGCCUGCAGGGACUUAUUCAACAAGACUCCUCAACUACUCUUGUAUGCGGACUUGCGUGGUUCACGCUUACCAUGCUAGCAAGCCUAAUCGAGAAAAUCAGUACUGACGAAAGCAACGUCUGCACGUAUUUGGGCAGAAUGAGGAUCAACACUUGGGACCGUUCGUCUGCAUCGCACCUUUUCCAAAUUCAACGUGAACUGCAUCGGCGAGCCGGUUCAUUCCUUGCACAGACCCCGCCAAAACUCUGUCUUCGUCGGAAGCUCAACGACUAUGGUAACCCUGCCUAUGAACCCUCCACGGAAGACCAAGUCAGCAAUGGAUAUACAGACAUUGGUGCUGACAGAGUGUGGACCAGGGCACUCUGGCUCCACGCUGCCUACAACAACGGUCAGGACCUCUGAGAGCCGUCGACCAUCUUGCAGCAGACUGGAAGCAAUCCACGUCACCAACGUAUGAAAGAAAUGAAGACAGUGUCCUUAGUAAAAAUUUCUAACGUCUGGAUUUAUCACUUUCCUACGAAGUACCUACAUUUUUGCUAGAAUUUUCCAUUAUUCAACGUUUAAAAUCUCAGUUUCGUCCUUCGACAUCACUCAAAAAAAAAUUUGUGUGGAGGACUUGUUGCUGUCGUACCUGAAACUCUAGUAGAUUCUAAAGGGUUCUGACGAUGGUGGAUGACACACAUAAUUACUGGGUUUUAGGACUUUUUGCAACGUCCUGAAUUGUAGGUAAUAGAAGGCAAGACGUUUCGGAAACUGGAUCUGUUUCCGACGUCUCGUGUCUUCUAUUACCUAGAAUUCCGAACGAUGGAAAAAGUCCAAAAAUCCAGUAAUUCUGUCUGAAACUCUAGACUGGAUACUUCUCAAACAAAGGAAACGUAGACGGUUAAACAACGGGUAAUAUCCAUGUACAAUUUCAGCAGUUUUACAGUCUGAAUUUAUCAAACGUUACCAAAUACGAGUAUCUUCAAAUAUCAAACACUGAUAUUUAUUUGUAUAAAUCAAUGAAAAAGCAUGUUGCCUAUAUGCUUUGGUUUCUAACGGUGUUCUCUAUAGAGAUGAUUAUAUUGCAUUGCCUCUGCGGGUCCUUUGAAACAAUUGCUGACUCAGGGUCUGCCUACUUGCAAUGCAUGGAUAUGUACUAAUGCAGUGCUCCUGACGGUUAAUUUCAUGUUUGCACAAAAGGUUAUAUUCCGAAAAGCUAUAUGCACUAUACGAGUAUAGACGGAAGAGCUCUAGACAUCGCAAUGUGGUGCUGAAAAAGGAGAGGUUGGAUAAAUCUAUAUAUAUGUACUAUAAUGUAUAAAGAGAUUUCGUUAGAUUAGAAAAGAAAUAUUGCGUAAUUUCGUAAAUAUGGCCAUCUGAAAAUUCUUAUUAAUUAUUUCGUCGAUCUCUUAAGCGUAUUAUAACUAUUGAAAAGUUUAUAAAAUAACAAAAUCUAUAACAAAUUUCAAAUAUUUUCAAUUAUAUUGUGAAGUGUUUUAAUGUUUCAAUACAUUUCUGUAGAUUAAUGAAAAUACUAAGCAUCAAGUUGCUAAGUUUUGUAAGCCAGUGGUUCUCAACCUUUUUCAGACGCGGCCCGGUAAUUUUUUUUUAUAAGACGAGAGCCCGGUACAAUUGAUGCGAGGGUCCGGUACCAGGCCGCGGCCCGGCGGUUAAGAAACAUUGUUGCCAGCAACUAUUAUGGUAUUAGUCAUUAUUUGUAAAUUAGCGGGCCAGUUCCUAUAUUGCUACACCCCAUGUUGGUCUCUUCUUCCGCAGCCACAUAUGGAAAUUAUAAAAGAAAUGACCAUAUCUUCUUGUAAUAAAAUUCAAUUUUAGAGCAAAUUAAAAACACACGUGACGAAUGUAGAUCACUAUUCUGGGUGACGGCACUUCAUAUUGCUCUAAUGUAGACGUUUCGGACAUCCUUACUGUCUCCAUAUUCAAACGGAAAUGACUAUCAAUGGCCACUGCCGACACUUACGAGUACAAUACAGUUCCAUAGGCUGACAGUAUCACCAAGGACCGUUCGUAGUCAUUUCAGUGAGGAUCUCCUAAAUGCCAUCAUCCAGAAGUAGGAUCCACAUUACUACUGAUUCCUGAUGAAAUUCUGAUAUUAUCUACACGACCUUCAAAGUUUAGCGGGUAUGAAAGCCCAUAUCAACUUCCAACACAUGCCAAACUGAACGUGGGUCAGAAGAAGCAGACAACUUCUAUUAUAUUAUAGAACCAUCGUAAUUGUGUCUGUGAAUGCUAUUCAUAUGAUACUCCUCUAGAGCGUUUCUAGACGUGUCUAUUAUAAUUAUCUUUAAAUUACAUACUCUAUAUGAAAUGGGUUGGUCAUCCUAUGAUUAACAUAAUUAUCAGGCGACAGAGAUUCUUGCUUUUGACUUCCAAAAUAUUGUAUCACGAAUUAUGUUGCUUGUACACAGAUGCUAAUGCUCUGCUCGAAUGAGACGUCGAUAAAUUCACUGUACGUGGAAUUAAUGCGUAACGGUCUGGGGGUAAAGUGCCUGGCUACAGAUCCACAUGUCCCGGGUUCGAUUCCCGGCGAUACCAGAUUUUCUGAGAAGUAAUGAGUCUG